AUGUCCAACAACAUCCAUAUGUUCAUUCGAAUGAUCCAUGAAGAAGUUAAAGAUGAUGAAGAUGAUGCGGCUAUUACUACAUUUUUAGUAGAGCAAUAUGCUCAACAUAUGGAUCACGACUUUUUUUCACAUCACGGUGGAUCCGUGCUGAACCACCGUGUCAUCAAUCGCAACAGAGCUGAAGGUCAUGAGAGACUUUAUCGUGAUUAUUUUGCAGAUUCACUAACAUAUCCAUCACAAUUAUUUCGCAGAAGGUUUCGUAUGCAUCGAUCAUUAUUUCUACGAAUUCAAGCAGCAAUUGAAACACAUGAUCAAUAUUUUGUUCAAAGAUUUGAUGUUGUAGGAGUUCCCGGAUUAUCAUCACUCCAAAAAAUGAUAGCUGCAUUAAGGAUGCUCGCAUAUGGAUCACCUGCAGAUGCUGUGGAUAAAUAUGUUAGGAUUGGCGAAAGUACAACAAUAGAAAGUUUGAAGAAGUUCACGAAAACAGUAGUUGAAAUAUUUGGAGAGCAAUAUUUGAGAUGGCCAAAUACUAGUGACAUCGCAAGGUUGAUGAGCGUGGCUGAGCAGCGUGGGUUUUCAGCAGAAGAUCGCGGUCCUGAAGUUUCGUAUACUAUCAAUAGACAUAAAUAUACCAUGAGAUAUUAUCUUGUCGAUGGUAUAUAUCCCUCAUGGCGUACUUUUGUUAAAACCAUUCCAUCUCCUCAAGGGAAUAAGAAGAAAUUUUUUGCUACACAACAAGAGUAUGCUAGAAAAGACGUCGAACAAGCAUUUGGAGUCCUACAAUCACGAUUUGCAAUAGUACGUGGACCGGGACGUAUGUGGGAUGUUGAAACACUCAAAUAUAUAAUGACAUCUUGUAUCAUAUUGCACAAUAUGAUAGUUGAAGAUGAACGUGAUACAACUCAUGAAGAUGUGGAUUUCAAUUAUGAUGCAGUUGCUACUACUCCAACAAUUAAUUUGUCUUGCAAUCGCACAAGUAAAGUUAUGGAGUUCAUACAAGUUCACCAUUAA